AGCAAGGGUCUUAUAUUCUCUCCAGUUCCGUAUGAUGGAGCCAUCCCAUUCCCAGAUGGUAGGAGCUGCAGAAGAAUGUCACAGCUGUGAAUCUGGAUGGACCAUAUAUCUGGGCUCCCCCACGCACGAUGAUGACGGUGAUCACAGUGAUGAUGAUGAUGAGGAAGGAGGAGAAGACAGGAAAGGUGGCGCUGGUGCAGAAGAUGAAGAAAGCGAUGACUCUAUGGCUUCUGAUGCUUCAACCGGGCCAAGUCAGCCUAUAGGGAGUCCAUGGGGGGACAGCAAAGGAAGCCAGCUGGUGAAAGAGGACGUAGCAGCGGCGGCGACAACCAAAGAAAAGGAGAUUGCGGAGAAAAAGGUGGGGAAGAAAGAGAUGGCGACAUUCAUAGUUGACAAGGUGAGGAAAAAUCACUGUAUCAGGAAAAGGAAGUAGCCGGGCGUUUGU